AUGGCCGAACCCCCCCUCGCACCCCCAAUCUCCCCCCCACCAGCACCUCCAACCUCGCUCCCCCUCCACAACCCCCCACCACCCUUCGACGCCUCAACCCUGACGCCAAUAACUCAAGGCGCGGAAGCGCUCCUCUACACCACGCCCUUCCUCCUCGCCUCCUCCCCCGCCAUCCUCAAAUACCGGCCGCCGAAAGCAUACCGGCACCCGACGCUCGACCGGCGCCUGACACGGCAGCGGCUCCUAGCCGAAGCGCGGAGCCUGCUGCGGGUGAAGAAGGAAGGCAUAAAUGUCCCCGGGGUGCUGAGCGUGGAUGCCGACCAAGGCUGGAUGGUGCUUGAGUUUCUGGGGGGCGCGACGGUAAGGCGGGUGCUUGAUGGGUGGGCGCGACGAGCCGAACAAGCGAAGCACGAACAAGACAUGAUUGACCUCAUGGCACGCAUAGGCCGCGAAAUCGGUAAACUCCACGCCGUGGGGGUGUGUCAUGGUGAUUUGACGACGAGUAAUAUCAUGGUUCGCUCCCCUUGUUCUUCCAACGAUGAUGAUGAGGAGCAGGAAGAAGAAGACGAGGCAAAGAGGUUAAUACGCCACGGCACCAUUUACCUCAUCGACUUUGGCCUCACUAGUGCGUCCAUAGCCGACGAGGACAAGGCCGUCGAUUUGUACGUCCUAGAGCGUGCGUUUAGCGCUACGCAUCCUGCUGCAGAGCCGCUGUUCAAUCAGGUCCUGAGCGCGUAUGCGGAGACGGGGAAAGGAGCAAAGAGUGUGCUUAAGAGGUUGGAAGGCGUGAGGUUGAGGGGAAGGAAGAGGAGUAUGCUUGGCUGAAAUUAAAUGCCCCAAUCUUCUUCUGGUUCUUUUUUUUUUCUUCUUCUUUUCUCUUCAAUCAAACUAUCAUCAUGUCGUAAUGACUGACAUUGUUAUGUAUGUUUUGAAGGGAAAAAAAAAAGAAAUCAUGAAAAGUGUAGACUUUUGAAACAUAGUUAUCAACAAAUGCUUUUGCGAAUACAAAAACUUUGAA